UACCUAUAUAACUAUAUAAGUUGCCACUUGUGUGCACACAGUACGACAGAAGUACCUACUUUCUAUUUUUUCGUUCUUACCGCUAAACGUAAUCGUAUAAUGUUAUUGUAACACACGUUGCACGUUAUUAUAACACAUACGCUGCUAGAACUCGAUAAAAAUCAUUUAUUUAUUUUAAAUAUAUUUAAAAAAAGUAUUUAAUAUUUGUACGAUAUUAUACUUCCGAACGUCGCAUCAUCAUGACGACAUAUAAAUUGACGUAUUUCAACCUGACAGCUCGGGCCGAACAGAUCCGAUUCCUCUUGUCGUACCUAAACGUCGAUUUUGAAGACGUUCGAUUCGAUUUCGAACAAUGGCCAACGAUCAAACCUACCAUGCCGUUCGGUAAAGUGCCGGUAUUGGAAAUCGAUGGAAAAGUAGUUAACCAAUCCGUAGCCAUUUGUCGAUAUUUGGCGAAAAAAGCCGGGUUGGCUGGUGGUGAUGAAUGGGAAUCGUUAUUAAUUGACGUUGCAGUCGAUAACAUUUACGAAAUAAGACAAGAAAUCAUGAAGUAUUAUCACGAACCAAACGAGGAAAUCAAAUCAAAAUUACAUGAGUCUAUUGUAAAUGAUUCAAUUCCAUUCUAUUUUGACAGAUUUGAAAAGAUUGUUUCUGAAAACGGCGGUUACUUUGUAAAUGGAAAAUUGUCUUGGCCCGACUUAUACUUUGUGUCUAUUUUGGAUCACAUAAAAUCCGUAACUGGUGUCGAUUUGGUUGAUGGCCGUCCACAUCUUACAGCUCUUAAACACAAAGUUUUGGCUAUUCCUCAAAUAAAAUCAUGGAUCGCUACACGACCAAAAAGUUUAUUAUAAAAUAUUUAUUCAUAUUAUUUUUUGUAAAUCAAAAUACCUAUUAUGGAUAAUAGCAGAUAUUAACUAUGAUUAAAUUUAUUAUGACUGCCUUAAUUUAAUGGCUACAUAAUUUAUACGAUAAUUGUCAGCUGUCAUAUAUAUAUAUAUAUAUAUAUAU